AUGACCAGCAGCUAUAAGCCACGCAGCAGCGACGAGGCCCUCGCCGAGCAGUUGAGUCUGGCCCGGAGCACCGGAAGUGGCACCAAGCCCCUGGGCGGCACGCCCAUCUAUCGUCAGAUAUCCGGCGCCAUGGCAACCCUGCCACGCCAUGACAAUGAGUCGUCCAUUUCCAGAACCUGCGUCUACAUUGGCGGAGCACCAAAUGCAAAUGGUGCUGCCCCGGGUCCAGUUUCCGCCACUCUGGACCGCCGUCAGCCGCACCGCAUGUCCUGGCUGAAUAUGCGACGGGCCAAGGCCGAUGCGGAGCUGGCCGCAGUCACCCCCUCGCCCCAGACUACGCGCAGCUGCAUCUCCACCGUGUCGAGUGUUGUGGACAGCGGCGGGGGACGCACCACUGCCACCUCGGGGCGCAUCAGCUCCAGCGGCAUUGUCACCCUCAGCGGCAGCAACAACACGCUGAGCGAGAUACAUGGCGGCUACCACGAUCACGACGUGCACGAUCUGCACCACGACGGGGUAUCCAAGAACUACUCCGUGUCCGCCUCGGCCAUUUCCACGCACAAUAUCACAACGGCCAGCAAUGCCAAGCUUCUGCCAGCCGCCGAGGAUGAGGCCAACAAGCAGACCAAAUGCUCCGUUUUCCGUGGCCUUGUGCUCUGCCUGUGCCUCAACGUGAGCUUCGCGAAUGUGGUGCGCUUCCCACGCGAGCUGGACCGCUAUGGAUCGGCGUAUCUGGUGCCGUAUGUGGUUUUGCUCUUUCUAGUCGGCCUGCCCAUGAUGCUGCUGGAGAUAUCUGUGGGUCAGUUUCUGGGACAGGGGGCGGCGCACACUUGGCGCGCCUCGCCCAUAUUCAAAGGAGCCUGCAUCGUGAGUCGCUUCGCCUCGUGGGUGUCCGCCAUAUGGGUGUCCCUGCAGGCCGUGCUGGCAUUGGCCUACAUCGGGAUGUUCGCCUCCAAUGCGUUGCCAUUCAGAGAGUGUGCCGGACCCGUCAAGCUGAGCAUGAAUGGGUAUCUGGUGACAGGGACCAGCGGACAGGAGUGCCUGCAGCUGACCUUCCUGACGCCCUUCUGGCGUAAUCCCUUGUACUUUGGACUACUGGCAGCAGGCCUGAUUGGUCUCUGGAUUGUGGUAAUGCUGUGCACCCACAAUGCCAAGAUACUGCGUCGCAGUCUGUUCGUCUAUGGCCUAAGUGGAUUGGUCCUGCUCUGCGCCCUCACCGGAUGGGAGGUGCGCAACUCCUUUAGCCGCCACUACUUCCCAGAGCUAUGGGGCUUCGACCCCACUCUGCUUCUCGAGAGCAACAUCUGGUUCAACGCCCUGAUGCAGGUCCUCUUCUCGCUCAACUGCGGCUUUGGCGCCCUGCCCAUGAUCACGGGCAAGUUCCUGUACAAAGGGGACGCCGUGCGGACCUCCGUGGUGUACCUCUGCUUCAAUCUGCUGAUCAAUGCCAUUGCCGUGACACUGUUCAUGGUGCAGUUCGAUCUAUCCGCAAACGGUUACCAGAUAAUGGAGGAGCUCAAGCCGCUGACAGCCAUCUACGAUCGUGUGCUGAAUGGCUCUAAGGCGGGGGAAAGCGAUCUUCUACAGCACCUUGUGCCCGCCCUGAUCUACGCCCUAAUAAUCCUUUCGGCCAUGGUGUCCAUCACCGUGGCCGUGUACACGUCGACGCGCCUGGUGCCGCGUCGUCCAAAUUACGUCAUCUGCCUGAUCGCUCUCGUCGUGGCCGUCAUGUCCUUUGCGGCGCCCAAGUUUAUCAUAGCUCGGGUGCUGGACUCGCGCCUGGUGGGCACCAUGGUUGUGACGGCCCUGGUCUUCGAGCUGAUUGCCAUAACUUGGAUCUACGGAGCCAAGAACAUCUACACCGACCUGGAGUUCUCCAUCGGUCGGCCCAUCUUCAAGGUCUGGAUGUUUCUUUGGGUCACAUGUCCGGCCGUUCUCACGGGCAUCCUCGUCUGGUGGUGUGCCGACGACGACCAGUACGAUCUGCUGGCGGAGUACCUGCCGCGCUGGGCUCCCAUACUGUUCGUCCUGGCCGUGAUCCUCAUCAUUGCCUGCAUCCAGAUCUUCCGCCAGGUGGAGUACAACUUCUUCGGCAUGAUCUGUGAAGCCUCCAAGCCGGCCAAGGAGUGGGGUCCCGCAGAUCCCCUGGCCCGUCACUCAUGGAAGCAAUGGCGCUCUGUCUGCCAGGACACGGGCCGGCGGGACUUCACCCUGCGCCGACGCGGCACUCGCGACUACACGCAUUCCAUCAAAAAAGGGCAGUACUCGGGUGCCCAGAAAUACGGCGUCCAGAACGGCGGACAGACGCAGAAACCGAUGCACCAGCCCCACUGGAAAUCCUCCACCCCGGGCAACAGUUCGCCCAACUACAGCGGCUCCAUGUUCGGGGACUCAGCCAUCGAGGAGGACAUCAGCGUGGACAAGUUUCCGGGCAUCACGCAACAGCAGUAUGUGCCAUUCCAAGCCAAUGAUGCCAAGCUGAUGAGGUACUCUCAGCGGAUGCGCCAGACGGCCCAGCCCCAGACCCUGACACGGCUGCCUCCAUCGACACCGGCGGGGGGUACCACAGUGGAGAAGCACCGCGAGGUAGUCUACAUCCGGCGCCUAUCCGAUGGAGGCACCGGCUCCGGCCACGCCACCCGCAUCGAGAUCUCGCCCUCCAACGAAUCCAUCACAUACGGGAACGGCAAGACCAUCAACAACUCGGCCUUGGCCAUGUCCAGGAAUCCGCUGGGCCGUUCCACGGGCUGCCUAGUACCCAGCCAGCCGCCACCACCGCCCAGAGUCCAUAUCAAGCGGUCGGCCAGCUCAGUGGUCAAUGUAAACGGCAAGCUGCCACCGCCGACAUCCGCCGCGGCCGGGGAUCACAUUUGCUGGCGGAAGUUCAACGUCAAUCCAGAAGAGUAUUCCACGGAACUGUGAACCGAAGGACGGAAGCGCAAGGAGCGCAUGGAGAGGAGGAGAAAACGAAGCAUUCACAUUUAAAAAGACUUGUUGCAUCCAAAAGAAACGUAUCUGUAUCUGUAAGCUGUACGAGUAUUGCAUCUGAAGCACAGACCUAUCGAUAAGCUACGAAUAACGAAUUAUGCCCAUAUGCAAAGUGUAUCUUCUAGUUCCGAACUGUACAUAGUGAAAGAGCAGAGCAUUCCUAGAUAUAGUUCUACGAUCUAGUUCCUUAGCGUAAGUCGAUAAAAUUCCGUUGUCAUUACCCAUCUGGAAACGAAAGUAGAGGAGGAGUAACUGGAGUAGAUCAGCACUGGUCUACACAUAGUCUAAGCACUUGAUAUGUAACCAAUUUACCAUUAUAGUCUACAUUUUUUUUUUUGCCUGAACGAGUGGAUGAUCUAUUGUUAGUGAGUAAUCUGAGUGCCUGAAAACAUGAAUUAUGAAUUAAUAGCUCUAUGUAGAAUCCUAUACCUAGACUCAGUUCUUAGUUAGUUCUUAGUCUGACACAAUAUCCUAAGAAUCGGAGCAACGCGCCUGGCUGUGUUGCCUUCGAUGUUAAGUUAAUUGAGAACACAACGAUGUCGAAAGCGAUCUUAUAUAAUAAAUGAUACGUUUAGUAAAUUAUGA